UGCACGGCGCCACGCACACUCGUUCCAAACUCCGCCUACGCAUCCCAGGUUCCCAACCCACCGCAUUGACUCUCGAUCGCGGCGGUUUCUCGCUACUUUACUCCCCACUCGCACCGCUCGCCGUGACGCGUCGACGGAGCCGCCGAGGCCAUGGUGAAGCUGGCGACGGCGAGGGAGGCGCGGCUGUACGGGCCGGCGCUGGCGGUGCGGCGGUGGGAGUACAUCAACGCCGGCGCGUACAUGUUCGGGACCCUGCUCCUGGCCACGGGGCUCGCGGCGCUGUGCGCGUCCGAGGGCGGCGCCGGCGCCACGGACGCGGGACUCGCCGUGGCCGCCGUGGCGCUGGCGGUGGUGGCGGCCGUGAACGCGCACGACCUGGGCGCGCACCUCGCCGGCGUGGACUGCCGCGUCGGGCUCGCCCGGUUCGACCCCCAGCUCGGCCUCGUCGAGCUCCUCGCGCCCGCGCUCCACGCCGCCGGCUGCGUCCUCGCCAUCGUCGGCCUCGCGCUGCAGCUCUUCUCCCAGGGCGAGAAGCUGGAGAGGCGCGCGGCCGACGCGCUGCUGGCGGGCGCGGUGCUCUGGCUGCUGGGCUCCGUGCUCAGCUCAUGUCAGGUGUACGAGCGCGCUGACGGCCGCGCGCAGCUGCUGCAGUCCAGCGUGCAGGUGCCCGUCCUCCUCGGCAGCCUGCUCUUCCUCGUCGCCGCCGCCCUCCACCGCCGCCGUGAGCCCACCCUGGCAGGCAAGGGCGAAAGCCAGAGCGAGAGCGAGGGGUGGAUUAGCCUGUGCGGGAGCGUGCUGUGGGUGGCGGGUGCACUGUUCAACGUGCUGAAAGUGUUUGUCAUGCACCAGAGCGACGCGCCGCGGCUCGAGAAGCUCCGCGGCGGCGCGCAGGAGCGGCUCGCCCGGGACCGCGAGGGCCGCGUGCCGCUGGUCUGGAGGUCGGCGGCGCCGCCGACCGAGCUGCGCUGACAGUAUGGUAAUUAAGGAGGCUGGUGCACCAAGGAAUACCAGCGUGGCCGGCGCCGGAACUAUACUCCGGUUCUGUUUGGUGUCUCUUUCUAGCAGAGUAUAGUGUAAGAACUUUUAGUCCCUUUUCGAUGGAAAAAAAUCAGGAGGAGACUCCGUGUUUUAAGAAGAAAAUAUAUUUUAAAAGUGCGGCUAGGUCUUAGUCAA